CAGCGAUGUACGCGGCUGUGCAUUUCACGCCAGCAGGUUAUACAAAUAAUCAGAUUUAUUUGAUUUAUUCGCGAUGUCGAAUUACAACGAAAUAGGCUGCAGUUGUUCUGGCGGAAGUGCAUUAGUGUGUAACGUUAAGCCGAGGCACGUAAGAUCUUUAAAUUUUGGACAAUCUAUCCUCGAACUCAAGCCCGUUGACCAGUGCUGCGUAUCGAAUCGCGUCGUCAUAAUCGACGACAAUGUGGCUCAUAUACCAUGUACCGAGAAGAAUGAUUACGUGCGUAAAUGGCUCGAGACUCUCGAGAACAACAGAUGCGAUUCCCAGGCGUCUACCGUUUCAGAAACAUCGACAACUACAGCUCUCCAGACAUCGCCGAUACUCGGUAAUGGCAGGAAACGACUUAGCAAAAAGAUCUGUGUAAACAGAAAUGCUUCAGAGAGAAGGCAGGACAAUGUAGACCAUCAGGGGAGUGCAGGGCACUCUGUAAAUUAUAUAAUGCAGUCUAAUAAUAAGCCAAAUCAUGAAUGUAUAAAGAGUAAGGAGAAUAAAUCUAUGGGCAAGACACAACUCACACCAUCUGGUAUGAAAAAUGUAGCUGUUGACGAGACAUCUCCUGUCCUAGGUUCGCAUCGUAUUUUCAAGAAAAAGAGAAGAAAGAAACUACAGUAUAAAGCAGAGAAUAGUGUUUCGCCAGAAUCUUCAAAGUUACAUGAUCAUAAAAUUUCAAGUUCAAAUAUAAAGUCAAUAACGGAACCUGAUAGUUACUGUAAUAAUCUCAGAGAGAUACCUGUUGACCAGAAUAAGUUAGAAAACAAUAUGGAUACCAAAGCUAAAACUAAAACAUUUAUUUGGACUGAAGAAUGGGAAAGUCCAGAGAAAUAUCAGAGAUAUAUAGAAACAUUAUCACCGUCGACACAAGAGAGAUUGAGUUUUGCUGACAGCUCAAGUAAUAAGACUGAUAAAAAUGAUUCAAAAAUAAAAAUAGGUACAAACAGUGAUAGCAAAGAUGAAGAAUGUAAUAGACUAACAAACACACCUAGCAGUAACAAUAAUCUGAGCCAUUUCAUAGAGGAUGUUGAGACGCAAGAAACCGCAAAAACAUCUCAGUUUUCAAUAGCAGAUAAACAUUCGAUCCCUUCAGGACAACCAUUUGACUUGGAUGAAACUUAUUCGAAAGCAGAAAUGAUGUUGAAUCAAAGUAUACCUCUCUCCACUAAUAUCUCUGAGAUACAAUCAUUAAAUAAAAUCACACAGAAGACAGGUAAAUCGACCCAAACUGCCAUUAUUAGCACGAUAACAACGCCAUCAAGAAAGUCUCCUGACAGGAAUAUGUUCACACAUCUUCUUGACUCUGGAAAGAAACGUCGGAAAAUUAAAAAAGGAAGCAUGGCUGCGAGACUGCAUUCUCUGAUUAAUGCGCAAGUAUCCAACAUUCGUAUAUGGCAUUAUCGAUUGAAUAAAGAACAGGACGUUACAUCAGCACGGUACAUCAGUGUACUUGUACACGAGUAUACAAAGCAAUUCAAAAACCAAUUUCUAGAAGGUAUCCUAAUCGAGGAUCGCUUCAACCUCCUGCAAAGCAACGUACAGAUCGAACAGGCAGAAGCACAUAAUACUCAGGUUCAAUUAAAGGAAGUCUUGUACAAGAAUAUAACAAUUAUGCUGGUCUGUGAUAUAGUCGGUACAUUGAAAAUGGUAUCUAAAGUUGUGAUAAACGUUUAUCCGCCUUGGAAUAUUUUAGAUAAGUAUGAUCUUACCUUGGAAGCAAUGUAUAUAAAUAUAAAUAAUAAUUAUGAAAUACCUAAUAUUGAAAACACGGGGAAAUCGCGUGAAUGUACAAAACGAAUUCUCAAAGAAUUUAACUGUCCUUGUAUAGAAGAACAGAGAGAAUUGCCGUUCUGUGCAAGAAAGUCUAACAGUGAUAAACCCGAUGUGAUUUUUGGAAUAAUGUCGAUUACUCAGGAUCGUCCCGAGUUAUAUGAAGAGGUUAAGCUGUAUAAAAACGCCCGGGAAAGAGAGAAGCACGACAAUCAGGCGGACCUGUAUGCCGUAGUAAAUACAUUGCAACAUUUGGAAAAGGCUUACAUCAGAGACUGCGUUACACCAAAGGAAUACACAGCAGCGUGCAGUAAACUGUUAGUGCAAUACAGAGCAGCUUUUAAACAGGUACAGAGUGAUCAGUUUCCAACAAUCGACUCCUUCACCAGAGCAUUCCGUUUAGAUUGUCCUGCUGCUCUCGAAAGAAUCAAGGAGGAUAGGCCGAUCACAAUUAAAGACGAUAAAGGCAACACUUCUAAAUGCAUUGCCGACAUUGUUUCGUUGUUUAUUACACUCAUGGAUAAAUUACGACUGGAAAUCAAAGCCAUGGAUCAACUGCAUCCGGAUUUGAGAGAUCUUAUGGACACCAUGAAUCGUCUCAGUAUACUACCCAGUGACUUUGAUGGCAAAGAGAAAGUUUCAGAGUGGUUACAAACUCUCGACAAUAUGUCCGCCUCGGACGAAUUAUCGGAUACUCAAGUCAGACAAUUAAUAUUUGAUUUAGAGACAUCCUACAACGCUUUUAAUAAAAUACUUCAUAAUUCUUAA